AUGUGCGGCAUUUUCUUCUCUUUGAGCGCAUCGGAGCAUGUGUUGCCCAAAGAGAAGACAGUCACUUGGCUGCGAAACCGGGGUCCGGAUAACUAUCACGUCCACCGCGUGCAGUUGAGCUGCGGCGCAACUGACCCAGGAAAAGUAGCAGCAGGAGCAGCAGCAAGUGAGACGGUGUAUUUAACUUUUGUCUCGACAGUACUCGGACUGCGAGGCGACCAUAUCACGUCUCAGCCUCUCGUUGACCCGGAAAGUCGCUCGGUGCUGUGCUGGAAUGGCGAAGCUUGGAAGGUUUUUGGCGAAGCUGUUCAGGGCAAUGACACCGAGUUGGUCUUUCAAAGACUUGUAGAGGCUUCCAAACCGAGUGAUGACGACGACCAUGAUGAUAACAAUUCCCGAGUAGGAAGUGCCAGUAAGACUCUUGUCAGACUAACAAAUGUCAUCAACAACAUUACAGGUCCCUUUUCCUUUGUGUUCUACGAUGGCUUUCAUCAAAGGCUUUUCUUUAGUAGGGAUUGCCUCGGUAGGAGGUCCCUGCUUCACACCCUUGACGAAGAUGGGACUAUCAGGAUUAGUAGUAUUUGUGACGACGAUGGGGCAUCGUCUACGCCAUUCGAGGAGGUCGAGACGGACGGUCUACACAUGAUUGACCUCUCACGCAUGUCUAAACAAGACAGUGAGGCCAGACUUCCAUACCGAGUGGAAGUCAUCCCAUGGUCACAUGAAGAAGACACGUCUACUACUCCAUCACUAAAAAACCCAAUUCCGCUUAUGAACCGGUCGCUCCCAACUUCACGACCACCGGCUCUCACACUAUCAUCGCCGAGCAUCGAACAACUAGAAAACGAGCUCCGUCGGUCUCUGGAAACCCGUAUCCGCGAUGUACCACUAGUGGCGACAGAGUCCAAUGCAGCAAAAAUCGCAGUACUUUUCUCAGGCGGAUUGGACUGCACGGUCCUGGCCAGACUCGCGCAUGACACUCUUCCUAUCAACGAGCCGAUUGAUCUUCUCAACGUCAGCUUCGAAAACCCGCGUGUUGCUGCAGCGCUCAAAGCAAAGAGCCAAAAGGAAAACACUAAAAUGGGUUCUAUAUACGAGAAUUGCCCUGACCGUAUUACGGGCAGAGCUGGUCAUGCCGAGCUGCAAAGGGUGUGUCCGGGCCGUGUCUGGCGGUUUGUUGCCGUGGACGUUCCCUUUACGGAAUUCACAUUGCACCGCGAAGAAGUCGUCCAGCUGAUGAGGCCGCACAACACGGAAAUGGACCUUUCCAUUGCCUGCGCUCUUUACUUUGCGUCACGGGGGCAAGGCACGAUUGACUCCUCGACUGAAGAAGAAAAGGAAGCAUACACCACAACAGCCCGCGUCCUUCUCUCAGGCCUCGGCGCCGACGAGCUCUUCGCAGGCUACGGCCGCCACGGCGUGAGCUUCUCACGCAGCGGCUUCCCCGGUCUCAUUGACGAGAUCGACUUGGACGUAGGCCGACUCGGCAAACGCAACCUCGGGCGCGACGACCGGGUCAUUUCCAACUGGGGCCGUGAAGCCCGAUUCCCGUAUCUUGACGAGGACUUUGUCAGCUGGGCGACGCAAACACCGGUCUGGCAACGAUGCGGGUUUGGGACUGCCAAACGACUCGAAGAAGAUGAUGAUGCUCUUAUAGAAAAAGAUGUUCAAAAAUCAGACGAGGAGGAGGCCCUCGAUCCAGAGAAAAAAUCACUUCGACUUCUCGCGCUCAGGCUUGGUAUGACCCAGACUGCGCGCGAGAAGAAACGCGCGAUACAGUUUGGAUCGAGGACGGCCAAGAUGGAGAGUGGCAGGACCAAGGGGACAUCUAUAAUCUAG